AUGCACCGAGCAGUUCCUGAUUUCUUUCCCUCUUGCACAGAAACCAACUCGGCUGUAAAGAAGAUGCUUACAGGAGAACUGGUCUUCGAAGAUUCCACUGAUGCUGUUCCCAUGAACUCAAAGGAAGCAGAGAAGCUGAAGCACGAUACCUUCAAGACCUACUUCCAACCUCAGGAAGUCAAGGAGCUUCUUCUUGCUGGUGCUGGAGAGGUCUUCGACGACAAGGGAGGGAUCAAGAGACCUUUCGUCGAGAGCAUCGCUGGCAAGAACGGCUCCAAAGUCUCCGUCACCCCUAGAUUCAAAGAAGAUUUCCCAGAAGAGAGAGUUGAGAGAGUCAUGGCGACUCAGGACUUGGCUCAGGCUGUACAUAACAACCUGUCGUGCAAGGACAACAUUAUGCUCAGGAAUCUCGUUCCUUCCAACGAGACUGUCAUAGCAGAGUUGACUACUGUCGGCUUCAUCGGAUUCCCCAACUCAGGGGAAGAGCUUGCUGGGUCAGGCAGCGUCCUGCUGACGGACAAGAACCUCUACUUCCUCUGGAGCAACUACAAGUGGGAAGCAGCUGCUGAGGAGACCUUGAAGGGAACAACAUGGUGUUCGUGCCCUUGCGUUGGAUGCUGCGGCUGCUUUCAAUGCUGCAGGAUUUACUCUGGUUCAUACUCGCACUUGGGGGUGCGAGAGGCUGAGGACAAGGUCAGCUCCGUGCCCGUCAACUACCUCACACCAGGAGGAGUGAAGUGCGAGCGAUCUGACAGGCUCAAGGUCCUCCGCAACGUCAACAUGGCGAAGGACUGUAAGUGCGAGUGCUGCUGCUGCGACUGCUGCUGCAUCUGUAGAUACUGCUGGAUAUGGUGCCUUUCAUGCUGCUCCAAGUGCAUCUACCAUGGCCAGAUGAGCUUCAAGUUCAGCACCGACCAAUUGAACGGCUCUUCCAUCGAGUCGAAGAUCAUCAACAACAUUAAGAACAAAUCCCAUCAAGAGAAGAUCUACGACGGUCGCUUUCGCGUGCUCAGCAUCAAAUUCUUUGAUGUUUCAACAAAUCAGGUCCAACAAGUGGACUGUGUUGUCGACAAGGACGCCGUCCCUCUAGAAGAGAUGUACAAGUUCAGCAUGAUCGUCAACUCGUCUUGCAAGGUGCAGGAUUACCUCCAGGGCUAUCAGCAGACCAACUCCAUGUCAUUCGUGGACUCCGGCAGGGCUCGAGGGAUCAAGGAUUCGGUGAUGGAGAGGAGCGCGCUCCUGAACCUCUUGAAGAACUUGAUGCCUCUCUGCAGCAACUUUGGAGCUCGUCGGAGCAAGAGAAGUGCUCCCAAGCCCACCUGCUGCUCCUGUGUCACUCAGGCUCGCCAGCUGCUGCGCCGCAUCAUGGCAGCCUAA